GGGGAAUUUCAUGCACAGGUGCUCCUAGGAUAUCACACACCGCAGGUCCUCCAGGGCCGACCUCCCCAUGAUGAUCUUAUGCGGACAAGUUAGGUGUAGGACGAUGAAUUCGACGUUUAACUUGGAUACACCGGAGCCCAGACCCGCCGGCCAAAUUCUUCAGACUGAAGGGGCGUCGCCGACCGGUGCGUGGCGUAGGACAGCCGCCUGGCACAGCAGGAGCUUACCCAGAGGAGCCGCCGGGCGACAGACGACGGUCAACCCAUUCGGCUGGAUGACUGCGGUACUGGGGCGACAUGGAGAAGACACACGCACGCGGGGAUUCCAGAGGAGAGAAAAGAAAAGAAAAGGAAAGGAAAGGAAAAACAAAUCCAGAAAUAAUUAUAAUGAAUUUCAAGAAUUUUUGGAAGCUGACCUGGAUCCUGAAGUUUGGGAGAAAGUUGAUUGCUGGACCGCUAGGAUGCUGAGGGAAUUAAUUUGAAGUCUUUUAAACUAACUUGGACUAUUCCCUCUUAGCCGAGUCUACUACUCGACUAAGGGAGUGGGGGAUUCGUGAUGGGGUUAUGAGACUAGGCCCAAUGCCUAAUCGGCCCAGGCCCCGAACUUGAACCAGCAGGCCCAAGCCCGGGACGAUUGUCUGGUCAGGCAGGCCCAACCAGUGGACCCAGCAAUCCGGAUCUCAAGCCGGCCCAACUUAUCAAGCCCAUAAAGGAGUGGAAGUCCAACUGAGCGGGAACCUAAGAUAGCCUGCCUACCGGCCCAACCGGAAGCCUGCCUAUCAGCCCAACCGGAAGCUUGCCUUUCGGCCUAGCAAGGAGUCUGACUUUCAGCCUAGCCAAGAGCCUGCCUCCAGCCCUACAGGGAGCCUGCCUCGGGCCCAGCAGAUAGCUCGCCUCCAGCCCAGCGAGGAGCCUGCCUUCCAGUCCAGUGCAAGCCUGCAGCCCAAAAAGCUCAAGCGUCCGGCCUGCCAGCCAGGUCGACCCGCCAGCCAACCAGGAAGAGUAACGGCCAACAAUCAAUGCGCUAUUAAUUAUGUAUUUAAUUUCAUAUUAAUUUUGUAAUUAAUUUAGCCAUUAUUAUGUUCGGCAGUUACCAUUUGUAAUCGCCUAUAAAAGGCAAUUCGAAUUCAAAUGAAGACACACUACUUUUUGGC